GGGUAGUUUAACAACUCACUGCAAAGCCUUCCCCUCUAAGCGUCUGCACACAAAAAAGAAAGUUAUAACGCUGAUCAUCACGAUUGACGCUUCCCCUCUCAAAUGUAUCCCUCUUUCUCUCUCUAGAAUCCCCUCUUUUCCUCUUUCCUCGUUAUCCCACUUUCUCUCUCUACAGUCUCCGGUGCUAUACGCACAUUUGUAGGAUACAUAUACACACACACAUAUUUGGUCUAGGGUUUAUAGGAGAGAGAAGGAGGUGUAGAAAUGGGGCAGCAGUCGUUGAUCUACAGCUUCGUAGCCCGUGGGACGGUGAUCCUGUCGGAAUACACAGAGUUCACCGGGAAUUUCACCGGAAUCGCCGCGCAGUGCCUCCAGAAACUCCCCGCCACCAAUAACAAGUUCACCUACAAUUGCGACGGCCACACCUUCAAUUACCUUGUCGAGGAUGGAUUUACUUAUUGUGUUGUGGCUGUUGAAUCUGUUGGAAGACAAAUUCCUAUUGCCUAUCUUGAGCGAAUAAAGGAAGAUUUUACAAAGAAAUAUGGUGGGGGGAAGGCUGCUACCGCUGUUGCCAACAGCCUGAAUAAAGAAUUUGGGCCCAAAUUGAAGGAACAAAUGCAAUACUGUGUGGAUCAUCCUGAGGAGAUUAGCAAGCUUUCCAAAGUAAAAGCUCAGGUUUCAGAAGUCAAAGGAGUUAUGAUGGAAAACAUUGAAAAGGUUCUUGAUCGUGGAGAGAAAAUUGAGCUUCUGGUGGAUAAAACUGAGAAUCUUCGCUCUCAGGCACAAGAUUUUAGGACACAAGGAACACAGAUGAGGAGAAAGAUGUGGUUGCAGAAUAUGAAGAUAAAGCUGAUUGUCCUUGGUAUUAUAGUUGCCUUGAUCCUUAUCAUUGUUUUAUCAGUAUGUGGUGGAUUCAAAUGUCACUAGCGCGUGUUUGCUGUUCCAGGACAAAAAUCAUGUUUCUUUUGAACUUUGAUUAGUAGCUUUUGUUUUUCCUAUGAAAUUUUUUGGCCGACUCUUUUUCGCCCUACCUACUGUAAUCCGUAUUUCCGUGGUGAGACUGCUAUUAUGCUUGUAUAGUAUAGUUAUUUGAAUCCUCUGAA